CUAGCAUUGUGGUUUCCUGAAAGCAGGUAUUUUCCAGGUACGCAAACUUUGUUCACACUGACAAAAUAAUUCUGGAUUUUUCUUAAAGCCAAUUUCACAAAGCAAAUCAAUCGACUGAAAAAUGACUGGACGUGGAAAGGGAGGAAAAGGAUUGGGAAAGGGGGGCGCCAAGCGUCAUCGUAAGGUGCUCCGUGAUAACAUCCAGGGUAUCACCAAGCCCGCUAUUCGCCGCUUGGCCCGUCGUGGAGGUGUGAAGCGUAUCUCAGGCUUGAUUUACGAGGAAACUCGCGGUGUGCUUAAGGUAUUCCUUGAGAACGUUAUCCGUGACGCUGUCACCUACACUGAGCACGCCAAGCGUAAGACCGUGACCGCCAUGGACGUGGUCUACGCUCUCAAGCGCCAGGGACGCACCCUCUACGGCUUUGGCGGUUAAGCUCGCCCAUAAAGCUCCUACUUAAUAAAUAACCAAGCGGUUAACUUAACUACAUUCAAAUUACUUGAUCCAAUUGAAUCUUAUUCAGUAGUAUUUCAACACAAACUUAACCAGACGCAUAUUUUAUAAUUCCACAAAUACAUAUAUACGAAAUAAAAUAAAUAAAAAAAAAAUCGCGUAGAGAGCACAAAAAA